CCUUGACAUUGCUCUCUCCAUCGCUGUCAAUGUCUGCCCCACCGCCGCCCGAGGCAAGCACGGCCGAGGGCGUCGGCCCCGCCUCGAAGCCUCAAGCAUGCCAGGCAUGUCAACGACGGAAGCGCAAGUGCGACAAGAAACGACCCAAGUGCUCAAUGUGCGAGCGCCGCGGCAUAGACUGCGUCUUUGAUCGCAAUGUCGCGGAACUUGUCGCAGAGCUCCAAGAAAAGGAGGCCCGCAUCGCCGUCCUCGAGGCCAUUGUCCGCAACCAUGUCCCCGGUCUCGCCCGCGUGGAGUCCCUCGACACAAUGUUCCUCAGAGAUGCACUUAACACCACCCCAGAGGUCGACGUCCAGAUCGACUUGGGGUCACGCCCCCUACCACCCAGCCUUGUUGCUCUCGUCGAGAGCAAACUCAAGGACCUGAAUACUGGCAAUCGAUGUCAUCACUCGGUGCUAAGCCACAUGUCCUCGCAGUUGGGGGUGAGCGAACCAGAGGUGGACCUCUCUGCGAGCGCGCCCCCCGCAGCGUGGCCACCAUACGAGUUCGCCGUCGAGGUAGUACAGGUCUUUGUGCAGACCAACUCAAUGUGGCCAAUGUUCACACGGGAGGAGCUCAUGAGCGAUGUUGAGAGUGUAUAUCAUGGUGUGGGAGAGACGCCUGGGCCGACAUGCCGACUGUUCUUCGUGUUCAGCAUCGCGUGUGUAUGGCUCGCACAGAGGGGGAGUGGGGAUCGCAUCGACACGUCGCUACUUCGGAAUCGCGCGCUGUCGUGCCUCCUUCAGAUGCUCCGGACGGAGGACAGUGUGACAUCCGUCGCAGCCUUGGCGCUUCUAUGUCUCUCGGCAAUCUACGAUUGGGGCGGACCCGACCACCCACAACUCACGCCAAUGGUUGCCCAGGUCACCCUUGCGAUUGGUCUUCAGCACGAGCCACCCGCGCACCUAUCGGAGCAGGAGAAGGAGCGGAGGCGAUUGUUGUUCUGGGGAGUCUACUGCAUGGACAGGGCUGUCGCUGGAAAUCUCGGCCGCAACGUCAACUUCAACAAGGAUGAUGUGACUGUAGCGUUCCCAUCGAGACUGGACCCAUUAGGAUCUCUUGGAGAAGGCUUCGAGCCGUUAGCAUUCUUUACGCAUAUCCGGGAAAUGUGGGAGCUCAACUGGGAGGUGAAUUACGGCCCCACAGCGGAUGUCGGUGACCUGCACCGGCGGCUCGACGACUGGCAUGCUCGAAUCCCCUCGGGGCCACCCGCGUCCCUCUUCCACCAGUAUCACAAGCAGCUCCUGGCCAUCCUCUACCGCCCGCGCAACGUCACCCGUCCUCCAGAAGCACACAUCCGCAUCCUGGAGGAGUCAGCCUCCGAAGCAAUCAACGUCAGCAUUGUUCUCCAAACGGACCACAAGCUAUUUGACAACUACUAUCAGUUCCAUUCCAUCAUCGGCAUGGGUGUGAUACUCAUCUGCGCAUAUUUACUGCGUCAGGACCGUGACCCCGUGUGGUGCGCGGGGGCAAUAGAACAAUUGGGAAGGGCCCAAGUCUUUAUCGGGUCCUUCUGCCGAGGGUGGCCCUACGCUCGAGGAAUGAGUCGCGCUUUCGAUUCACUAGCGGCACGCAUCAUUGAGCUGCUCUCUGGCGGGCUUACAACCGCUGUCGAUGCGGAUAUCUCCAAGGCAGCUUCGGACCUUGCCAUUGGGCAUGACCUGCCGCUUGACCUGAACCUCGCGGGGGCCCAGGACCAUACCAUGGCGUGGGACGCGUGGGUUAGCGACUACCUCGUGGCGAUCGACUCGGACGUCACCAGUGACGCCAACCUUGACAGCCUCAUGGCUACGAUCGGACAGACGCCCACCUGGGUAUCCGCAAUGGUGUCGGGCGAGCCGAAGCCAUAGAGACCUAUGCUUGGGGCUCGAUGAACGGGCCAGAUUUAGCCCUCGAUGACCGUUGUUGUUGUGUUGUGUGGACUGUGACAUCAUGGCACGUGACCUUGGACCGGCGGGUGGGCGCCGCCUCCGACGACCAUAUAGCCACGGCUCAUGGCCUCAUCCCUUCCAUGACCAAAGCAUUCCCAGAAGCGCUGCGGAGCACGCCGCUGGCCCCGUGGGGUCGGGCCGCCCCCGCAACACCACCCCGUUCCUGCCAACCCGGAUGUUCGGCUCGCACGGCUCUUGGGAUGAUAUGCGGCACUAUAUGCGUCGAGACG